AUGGCCUCCAUUUUAGCUCGCAAAUCCGUUUCUUCUCUUCGCUCUCGCCAGCUCGCUCUGGCAGGGCAAGCAUUGCAGGGCUUCAACCAUUAUGGAUCAAUCUAUGGUGAACGCUCAUUUGCCACCAAGCACUCAUUCUCUACCGACAAAGAUGAUGAAGAAAGAGAACAGCUUGCAAAGGAGAUCUCAAAAGAUUGGAAUUCUGUUUUUGAGCGGAGCAUAAACACAUUAUUCCUUACUGAAAUGGUUCGCGGUCUGAGCCUGACACUCAAAUACUUCUUUGAGAAGAAAGUUACAAUCAACUAUCCAUUCGAGAAGGGCCCUUUGAGUCCUCGUUUUCGUGGAGAACAUGCACUCCGACGAUAUCCAACUGGAGAGGAACGGUGUAUUGCCUGCAAACUGUGCGAAGCUAUUUGCCCCGCCCAAGCAAUCACCAUUGAAGCCGAGGAACGAGAAGAUGGGAGCCGCCGGACAACCAGGUAUGAUAUCGACAUGACGAAGUGCAUUUACUGUGGGUUUUGCCAAGAAGCAUGUCCUGUUGAUGCCAUUGUUGAAGGGCCCAACUUUGAAUUUGCUACUGAAACUCACGAGGAACUUCUUUAUGACAAGGAGAAGCUACUCGAGAAUGGUGACCGAUGGGAAACUGAAAUUGCUGAGAACCUGAGAUCUGAAAGCUUGUACCGUUGA